AUGACAAAGAAUAUUUACAACUUCUACUUCUUAUUAUUGAUGAUGUUGUUGGCGGUGAUGGCCGUGAGUGUUCAUUGCCAGUCUGGUGAUGGCGGUGCCGCAGUUACAUCUGGUGAUGGUGGUAUAGUAACUGCCAUAACAUCUGGUGAUGGUGGAAUUGUACACGGUACCAGCACAUCUACUGCCCCGUCAAGUAUCAUAACUACCAUAACAUCUGGUGAUGGUGGACUAGUCCAUGGUACCAGUACAACCACUCCGACAACAAUAUCAUCAACAUCAUCAACAUCUACGAGUACAUCACCAUCUGAUACCACUACCUCCACCUCUACAUCUACCAGUACAUCACCAACUACUACAUCCACAUCACUUAACUCAACAUCAACAUCUACGACGUCCAACUCAACUACUUCCUCGACCUCCUCGACCUCCACUGGAAACUCCACAUCCAGUACAUCUUCGACCUCUGCUGGAUCCUCCACAUCUUCUACUUCGUCCACCUCUUCAACUACCACUUCGACAUCUUCGACGUCUUCGACAUCCUCGACAACAUCGACCACGGCCACACCCUCGACGUCCACAUCUACUACCUCCACAACUUCAUCCAGUACUUCAAGCAACUCCCCAAGUGUCACCAGUACAACUACAACAACAACGAGUAGCACUCACUCAACUGACACUGAUAAACAUCCAUCGACAUCUUCAAAAGUACAUGGAGCGGUACCUACAUUCAUUGUCAUGUCCUUCAUCACUUUGACAAUCUCAUCAAUACUAUUC